AUGCUCUCGCUGUUAGCGCUCAUGCUGAGCCAACAGGCGCGAGCGGCAUGCACGAAGCCUAAUAUCACCGACGCAUGCUCACCCGGUCGUUUCCAUUUCCCAGAUAUUGACGGGACUGCUCCCAUCAGCAUUACCGCUGCAGCAAUUUCCAACUAUACGGAUAUCUCUACGGCCCCCGGGACCGUCGACGCAGCCUCUUACACCAUCAGCUUUUGCAACGUUUCAGUCACAUACACUCAUCCAGGCACGGAUGACGCCGUCAAUGUGCAAGUCUGGUUGCCCUCACCCAUCUCUUGGAAUGGCAGACUCCAGGCCGUUGGCGGAGGCGGUUAUAGUGCCAGUGUUGGGUCUUUAUACAUGACUCAGGCUGUUGGUAAUGGCUAUGUUGCUCUCGAUACUGACGCCGGUCAUGUGCGAGGUCCUGAGGGCAUGACGACUCCGGAAGCAUGGGCCCUCAAAAGUCCCGGGAAAGUCGACAUGCAGCUAAUCAACAACUGGGGCUCAACUUCUCUGCAUGAGAUGGCUGUCAUUGGGAAAGCCGUGUCCAAGAGUUACUAUGGCGCCAAUCCUAAGUAUUCGUACUUCACUGGAUGCUCUGGAGGCGGACGUCAGGCCAUGAUGAUUGCACAAAAGUAUGCCGACGACUUUGAUGGCAUCAUGGCUGCGGCACCAGCUAUAAACAUUGAAGACUUUCUCGCGGCGGCAUAUUGGCCAACGCAGGUCAUGUUUGACGUAGGAGUAGUCCCUGCUCCAUGCGAAAUUGAAGCCUUCACAAAGGCGGCAGUCAACGCAUGCGACAACUUGGAUGGCGUUAACGAUGGUAUCAUAUCGUUACCCGCCCUGUGUAACUUUGAUCCCCACGACAUCGUCGGGAAGAAAUUUUCCUGCAAUGGUACUAUGCAACAGUUCACUGCAGCCGCGGCAACCAUUGUGCAAGCAGCCUGGACUGGGCCUCGCAGUGCAGAUGGGAAGACCGGCUGGUUUGGUGUAAACAAGGACGCAUCCCUUACUGGCACUUUGCUCUCCACGGAGUGUACAUCAAACGCCUCCUGCACAGCACCGAAUGCCAACCUCAUGUCUAAUUGGAUUCAGUACCUCUUGGUUAAAAGCCCUGGAUGGGAUGCUUCUACGAUGAGCAGCGAGAAGCUUUUCCAAUAUCUCCAGCAGUCCAAACAUGAAUACAGCUCCUUGUUAUCUGCAGCCAACCCGGACCUUUCCGCCUUUCGAGAGGCGGGCGGAAAGUUAAUUACGUGGCAUGGACUCGCCGACGAGAUUAUACCGCCCAAUGGCACGAUUGCAUACAUGGAAAGGGUCCUCAAAACGCACGCCGAUUCGGACAAGUUCAUUCGGUUCUAUGAAGCACCGGGGGUAGGUCACUGUCAAAGUGGCGCUGGAGCAGCCCCGUCAGCUGCGUUUGAACAGCUGGUGUCUUGGGUUGAAAAUGGGACGGUUCCCAUUACCUUGUAUGCUACAGAUGCUACCGGAAGGCACCGUGAACUGUGUACAUUCCCAUUGCAGCAGGUAUAUGUUGGCGGUGAUCUUAGUGAUACUACUUCUUUUGGUUGUAAAAUGAGGCAUGAAAUUGGUUCACCCGCUAGCGACGAGCUGUUCUUCUAG